CAAAAACCGCGUAAUUGACUCAAUCCAAAAUUCCAAACCCUCGACCAGAUCACUACAUCUGCAGUCCCCGCACCACCGCCGCUGCCGCCAUGACCACCCUCGGUCUGCCUUCCGCCUCUAUCGGCAAACCAUCCUCUCACGUUCCAUCUCUGCAAAUGGCACAACCUAUCAAAUCCCAAUCCGCCAGAUUGUUUCCAUCCACACACAACCACCUGCUUUCCUGUUCUGCUCCUCCCAGAAUGCCCAUGGCAAUUUCUGGUAGUACCUCCGUGUCCUCCAUUAAAUCGUCGUCUUCUAGGAGGAGCACCGAUCCAAUAAUAGUCAUUGAUAAUUACGAUAGCUUCACUUAUAAUCUAUGUCAAUACAUGGGAGAGGUGGGUUGUGAAUUCGUGGUGUACCGAAAUGACGAGCUCACUGUUGAUGAUCUAAAACGGAAAAACCCAAGGGGUAUACUAAUAUCACCUGGACCUGGUACACCUCAAGAUUCUGGAAUAUCCCUACAGACAGUUCAGGAACUUGGACCUACUGUUCCACUAUUUGGUGUGUGCAUGGGGUUGCAAUGCAUUGGGGAAGCUUUUGGAGGGAAAAUUGUGCGAUCUCCUUAUGGAGUUGUGCAUGGAAAAAGUUCUCCUGUCUAUUACAAUGAAGGUGGGGAAGAUGGCUUGUUCGCCGGCUUAUCAAACCCUUUUACUGCCGGUAGAUACCAUAGCCUUGUGAUAGAAAAGGGAAGUUUUCCAAGUGAUGCCCUUGAGAUAACCGCGUGGACAGAAGACGGGUUGAUAAUGGCUGCUCGUCACAAAGUAUAUCGACAUGUACAGGGCGUUCAGUUCCACCCAGAAAGUAUCAUCACCACCGAGGGCAAAACCAUGGUUCAUAAUUUUAUAAAACUGAUUGAGAGAAUGGAAGCUGAAUCCAGGAAGUAGAAUUUCCCUCUUUUAUGGAAGUAUAAAUUCGAAGUACAAAUGUAAGCAGUCAUUGGGUGACCAGUUUAGAGCAUCGACGUCCCUUUUGUCCUGAAAGGGUGGUGUGUUAUAGCUUGAUCUACUCUUUCCCCAAAGGUUGUUUUAGGUUGUGUCCAUUUAUGGAUGGACUUUUCAUGCCUGAUAAAUUCUUGUAGGAGCUUAUAGAUAUCAAUACCUUGUCACAGCACAGAAUUCUCUCAGCUACUGCUUUAUGUAACUUCUGGUUUCUUCUUUUUNAUCCAAUUAUUUUUUUUUUUAUCAUUAUCAUAUAUUGUGAUAAUCUCCCGAUCAAUUUAAUUUAUCGCGAU